AUGCCAUCAUUGGCCGACACUAUUUCUGACGUGACUCCAGAACAAUGGAUAUUGAACGAUUUUACAGCCUACCUUUCAAGAAACCAUUGCCUAGAAACCCUACAAUUCGUCCAAGAUGCAUCGAGAUACCGAGCCUGUUACACAGAGAUAGUUGGGAGUAACAAAUUUCCCUGCGAAUAUUUCAAGUGUCAUUACGAUUACCUACAGGCACUAUGGGAAGAUCUUCUGGAGUCUUAUAUCCUUCCAAACGCACAUCGCGAGGUCAACCUCCCAUCCAACCUUAAGGAUCGACUUAUUGAAUUCCGAUAUUCCGCUCUUCUUCCACAUCCGUCGGAAUUGGAUGAUGCCGUCAACGCCGUCUAUGAACUCAUGGAGGACGCCAUCGUAUCUGGAAUGCUGAACUCCCCUGUGCCACUGGAGCAACCAUGCGACAGAGGGCGCGGUGUCUGGAAGAGGAUUAGUGGCAGACUUCGGCGGAAGAUCUCAAAGUCGAUGACGAAAUCAGUCUCAGAACGCGACCUCCAGACGAAAUUCCGAGUAAGCGAGGGUUCUGAACUGCGCAGUUUCUGCUUGGGAGGGGACGGUGCGGACACUUUUUACACACGCCGCCACUCGCUAGAAGGUGCCUCACCAUUGCCUCGCAGCCAUUUGCUGCAGCGCGUGAUGGAGGUGGUCGACCAUACUGUUCUCGCAGUGUGGAGCACGAGGUGGUUGAAGCCGCUACCGGAGAAGGAGAGAGCAACAGUUGAUAUUGGGAUUGGCACCAGGGAUCAGUACGUCGGCGCAAAGCCCUUGGAAUGA